AAUAUGUAAAUUACCUGAGAAUGUAUUAACCUGGUUCGAUACCAGACUCAUAGUGAGCUUAAGAAUUAGUAUCACUGACGUAAUAUUUGAGGUUGAAGCGGAAACGGGUUCGAUGUUUUCAAGACAUUAAUAAUGUUGUGUUUGUUGAUGAAUAUGCUAUGUCAGACCGUCUAACUUUAUGGUCAGUCCGGUCGAUGUUUCUCAGACAGGCUCCUAGACAUAGAGGAUUAUAGAAUUAACAUGUGCUUACACCAUCCACAAGCUGCUGACGACCAGUAAGGAUCCGUUUCCAGUCCCUUGGUGUGGCAUUUAUCAGGCCGUAAUACUCUACAAAGGUCACAUUUUUAAGACGAAAUGCAGGAAGAUAUCAUGUUGAAUGCGGUCGGGCAUAUUUUUGUUUCUCUACUGUAAUAACAAGUUUUGACUGGCAAAAGGCUGCCAAUUUCUGGAUUAAAACAAAAUGAUUUUUAGAUUGUGGCUUAGUAUAUUUUUGAUACUUAAUUACUCGCCAAGCUGUGACCCAAACAGACAUAACUCCCGGGCUAACAGGAUCCUCGAUCGGAUUACAAAGUUUAUCGCCAGCGACGUAGCUGCCGAAUCAAAGGCAAAACUUCUUGGAGUGCUUAUGAACGUUUCGGACACUGUCCCAGUGACAAAAACUCCACAAAAACCAGUCACUGUCCCACCUCAAUUGGUGAUUGGACCGGGUGGUAAAGGGGGAAAAGCUUCCUCUCUAGAACCGAUAGACCAGCUCUUAAUGGAUGCUGCAGGUAUGGUACCAGAACCAGGUACGGCGUUUAAUGAGCCGGAGAUCCUGGCGGACUCGGAUGUCGUGAAAUUUGACGGAGACAUACUAAUGAAGUUAGAACAAUUUGCAAAGAUACAGAGAAAUGUGACAUUGAGUCUAUUUGAAGAAGCGCUAGAGAAAAACUUGGAACAAGAAAAACUAAACAUUACUUUACUGGAAUGGAUCAACUCGCUAGUGCCACGUUCAUCGUCUCGUAAGGUGCGAGCAGCCAGACGGGACCCGCGACGGUUCUGGAGGAAUGGCGUCGUGCCUAUCAGAAUCGACAGUAACAACUUCCGAAGUAAUCACAAGAAGCGAAUAGCUCGAUCGAUGGACAGAAUUUCGGAGGCAACAUGCAUUUGUUUUGACAUUAUUACAAAAGCCGAAGCACUUGCAUAUAAGCCGCACAUCAGAAUAAUCGACGGAAAUGGGUGUAGGUCCUAUGUCGGCUACUCUGUACGGUGGGGAAAAGGCUACCUAGCACAAGAUCUCACCCUUGGUCGGAGAUGUAGAAGACCGCGCAUUGCUGUACAUGAGUUGUUGCACGCGCUGGGAUUAUUUCACGAACAAUCAAGACCGGAUAGGAAUGCGUUCGUCGACAUCAAGAUCGAAAAUGUGAUUCCACGGAACAGAGGCAAUUUUAAUCGUUUUGGCCGCCGAACAGUAAACACUAGGGGAGUCCCGUACGAUUAUACGAGUAUCAUGCAUUACAGUAACAAGGCAUUUAGUUUGAAUGGUGAAUAUACGAUCAUCCCUAAAGGUUCCGACAACAGGGAUAAAUACCUAGAUAAGAUUGGAAGGACACGGUACAUGAGCCGGGGUGAUAAAGCAGUGCUAAAUAUAAUGUACAACUGCCCGUCACAUACUGCCAGCGCUAAACCUACCUGUGAAGAUUACCCAUACAACUUUCCACCAGACGACCCGAUAUAAAGCAGUGUUAAAUAUAAUGUACAACUCCCCGUCACAUACUGCCAGCGCUAAACCUACCUGUGUAGAUUACCCAUACAACUUUCCACCAGACGACCCGAUAUAAAGCAAUGUUAAAUAUAAUGUACAACUGCCCUUCACAGACUGAGGACACUAAAUCUACCUGUGAAGAUUUCUUAUACAACUUUCCAUCAGACGACCCGAUAUAAAGAUGGAAGAACGUUUGAUUCCUCUACUGAAAUAUACCUAUUCCGAAUAUCACGGUACUGUGAAAUACAGCAUACGACGGAUUACACAUGUGCUUAAAGUGGAUGGCUAUUCAUGAGAAUCAGUUAGAAUAUUUAAGUCAUAAGCUCAUUUGCUACGAUUGGUAGUUUUAUAUAGUACCUUUGUUAUAUGACAAUGAUGUCAGUCAUCGAUAUAUUUACUAGAAAAAAAAUAACCAUUUUAUAUGACGUCAAAUAGCUACGAAGGGUGACGCAGCAUUGUUUGUUGUUACGUCAUCGCUUUAUGUACAUCAGUAUGUUGAUUUUGUCGAUUUCAAUGUUACACUGAACGACAAAAGUUAUUAGAAAUUACAAAUUGUCAUUAGUUGUGCAUCAGACAUUCUCUGAAUUCAGACAAUAAAAUAACCUCCAAAAUGUAUUCUAGAAGACAAAAUAGUGAAUAGUGACUGAUGUUGUUGUAUUGUUAACGUUACCUUCUGCUAUAUUGGUAUAUUUCCUGUAGAACCUAAAUAUCCUCCUUUAACACUUCUCAGUUUGACCUUUACUGCUAUUCAUUAGUCAAUCUACAAGCGUGAGUAACAACCGGCUGUGUAAUAUUUCCUCGUGGCAAACACACAGCCGAAGUUAUUUGUCAUAUGUUUGUAAUUGAUGCUAAAUAAAAGAUUUAAGGUAAAAUAAAAAUGUUUUG